AGAGUCUCACUCUGUCACUCAGGCUGGAGUGCAGUGGCACGAUCUCGGCUCACUGCAAUCUCGGCUUACUGCAACCUCUGCCUCCCAAGUUCAAGCAAUUCUCCUGCCUCAGCCCCCAGAGUAGCUGGGAUUACAGGCAUGUGCCACCACGCCCGACUGAUUUUGUAUUUUUAGUGGAGAUGGGGUUUCUCCAUGUUGGUCAGGUUGGUCUUGAAUUCCCGGCCUCAGGUGAUCCUCCUGCCUCAGACUCCCAAAGUGCUGGGAUUACAGGAGUGAGCUACCGUGCCCGGCCUUUUUGUUUGUUUGUUUGUUUGUUUUGGGGAGGAUGGAGUCUCUCUCUGUCACCAUGCCAUUUGCAGUGGCAUGAUCUCGGCUCACUGCAACCUCCACCUCCUGGGUUCAAGUGAUACUCCUGCCUCAGCCUCCUGAGUAGCUGGGAUUACAGGCGCGCGCCACCACGCCCAGCUAAUUUUUGUGUUUUUAGUAGAGACAGGGUUUCACCAUGUUGGUCAGGAUGGUCUCGAACUGAUCUCACGAUCUGCCCGCCUCAGCCUCCUAAUGUGCUGGGAUUACCCAGCCUGCAAUACUUUUUAAAAAUCAAAAUCAAUGCCCAAGUAUCCAUGAGGAACAACAUAUCAAAAUUGUAAAUAAAGACAGAAUCUGACUUUGCACUUAUCCCACCCACCUCCCUGAUCUUCCUUAUCUUCAGCUCAUGUUGGCCAUGUUGGUCAGGUUGGUCUCGAACUCCUGACCUCAGUUGAUCCGCCCGCCUCGGACUCCCAAAGUGCUGGGAUUACAGGCGUAAGCCACCGCGCCCGGCCGAUUUAACUUUUAAAUUGAAAUUAUAAAAUAUAAAUAUGUAUGUUGCAUGCGUAAAACAUUGCAUAAAGUUACAUAAAACGUUGCAACCGCCACGGUCCCCUUAUCCCCCGCCUCCAGCCCAGUGCCCCGCCCGUCCGUCCCUCUCUUCCGGCGCUGAGGGCGCAGAAACUCGGCGCGGCCACCAGAUGGCGCCACCGCGCCUCGCAGCCCCGGGACAUUUCGUGCCCCAGCGGUGGGCGGCGCGGAGGAGGUGGGAUGCGUCAGCCGGACCCGCGGGCCGGGGAGCCGGGCAACUGGGGAAAGUGAGCCGCCGGGCGGAGGCCAGACCCCAGGCUGGCGGGGGAGGGGACUCAGAUGUGAGUCACCCGGGAGCCCCCAGUCGACCGUGGGAGACGUUGUCAUGCGGGGCCUGCCAGCCUCGCUCCUGAACAGCCUUCCCGGGGCGGCGGAGUCCUGCAGGCGGAUGUGCCUGGCGCACACGCGUGGCUCCAACACGAACUAGCCUAUGGCCUCACCAAGCCUCAGUUUCCCCUUUUGCAUAAUGCACAUAAGCAUCCCCCCUGCUUCCCAGGUCUUGGAUUAAAUCAUCCAUGAAUCCGGAGGGGUUGGGGGUACCAGGUCCGCACCACGCACUCAAUGCAGGUCAGCGCCCACCCCGGAGUGAGAAAUAAAAGUGGCCGUCAUCCUUGCACGUGGGCCCUGGGUGGCGGCGUGCAGCCGGAGCCUGCACCAUUCCCCUCAACAAUGGCUUUCUCCCGGGCCUGGAGGCCUCCGCACGGGCAAAGGCUGGAACGCCAGGCAGCCGGGGGGGGGGGGGGGGCGGGGCCGCGCCACCUGCACCUCCCACGCGCACCCCACCCUGAAACUCGCCGGGUCGGCGAGGGGGCGCCCGCUUUCUUCUCCAGAGCGCCCCGGGCUUUGCAACCUCCCACUUUCGGGGCCCUCGAGGAGGCCUACCGCGACCACCAGGUGACAGCUGAUGUGUAUUGGGCUCUUACUGUCAGCCGUAUUUUAUGCCAUGCUCUGCAAACCAGCGAGGCCGGCGCUGCAGACCCAUUACUCAGACGGGAACAGAGAGGCCGGGAGAAGCGAAAUCACCCAGGGGCUGGGGUCGUCGCAGCCAGGAGAGACUCCGGCCCUCACCACCACCUGGGCGAGAUCACGCUGCAAACGGGGCCCCUUCCCGGUGCAGCCCCUCCACCCCCAGCAGAACUUGGGAAAGGCGCGGUCCGGGACUCUCCGCGGAUCGGGAGGGGAUUCCAGGCCCCCCCGAAAGUCCGGGCCGCCUCGCGCGCUGGAAAUCCCGCGCGCGCCCCGAACCGCGGCUCGGCUGCCGGGAAAUCAGGAGAAAAAAACUUCUGCUUUUUUUUUCUUUUCUGGCAUUCGCGGUCACCUACCCGGCCCCCGCGCGCCCUCCUCCCGGUUCUCGCCCCCACGUGGGGCGCCCCCGCACGCCGCUCCUCCCCCUCCCCUCCGUCGGCCAACUGCAGAGCUGGCUGCACUCGCCCUUGUCUUUCCACCAAUAGGAGGGGCGAAUGACUCCACUGAGGCCACGCCCCAGUGUUCAAGUCUAUAAAAGUCGGUGCCGGCGGCUCCCGGCUCAGAUCGCCGAAGCGUCGGACUACUGUUGGUUUCUGCAACUUCCUGGAUUAUCCUCGCCAAGGACUUUGCAAUAUAUUUUUCCGCCUUUUCUGGAAGGAUUUCGCUGCUUCCCGAAGGUCUUGGACGAGCGCUCUAGCUCUGUGGGAAGGUUUUGGGCUCUCUGGCUCGGAUUUUGCAAUUUCUCCCUGGGGACUGCCGUGGAGCCGCAUCCACUGUGGAUUAUAAUUGCAACAUGACGCUGGAAGAGCUCGUGGCGUGCGACAACGCGGCGCAGAAGAUGCAGACGGUGACCGCCGCGGUGGAGGAGCUUUUGGUGGCCGCUCAGCGCCAGGAUCGCCUCACAGUGGGGGUGUACGAGUCGGCCAAGUUGAUGAAUGUGGACCCAGACAGCGUGGUCCUCUGCCUCUUGGCCAUUGACGAGGAGGAGGAGGAUGACAUCGCCCUGCAAAUCCACUUCACGCUCAUCCAGUCCUUCUGCUGUGACAACGACAUCAACAUCGUGCGGGUGUCGGGCAUGCAGCGCCUGGCGCAGCUCCUGGGAGAGCCGGCCGAGACCCAGGGCACCACCGAGGCCCGAGACCUGCAUUGUCUCCUGGUCACGAACCCUCACACGGACGCCUGGAAGAGCCACGGCUUGGUGGAGGUAGCCAGCUACUGCGAAGAAAGCCGGGGCAACAACCAGUGGGUCCCCUACAUCUCCCUUCAGGAACGCUGAGGCCCUUCCCAGCAGCAGAAUCUGUUGAGUUGCUGCCAAAAACAAAAAAUACAAUAAAUAUUUGAACCCCCCUCCCCCCCAGCACAACCCCCCCAAAACAACCCAACCCACGAGACCAUCGGGGGCAGAGUCGUUGGAGACUGAAGAGGAGGAGGAGGAGGAGGAGAAGGGGAGUGAGCGGCCGCCCCCAGGGCGGAGAUCCAGGAGCUGGCGGCCGCCGAUCCGAUGGAGAAGGGGGGACCCAGGCCAGCAGGAGACAGGACCCCCGAAGCUCAGGCCUUGGGAUGGAGCAGAAACCGGAGUGGCGGGGCACGCUGCCGCCUUCCCCAUCACGGAGGGUCCAGACUGUCCACUCGGGGGUGGAGUGAGACUGACUGCAACCCCCACCCUCCUUGAGACUGGAGCUGGCGUCUGCAGACGAGAGACUUAGUUGAACUUGGUUGGUCCUUGUCUGCACCCUCGACAAGACCACACUUUGGGACUUGGGAGCUGGGGCUGAACUUGCUCUGUACCCAUGAACUCCCAGUUUGCGAAUUAUAGAGACAAUCUAUUUUGUUACUUGCACUUGUUAUUCGAACCACUGAGAGCGAGAUGGGAAGCAUAGAUAUCUAUAUUUUUAUUUCUACUAUGAGGGCCUUGUAAUAAAUUUCUAAAGCCUC